CGUCUACAGGAGUGCAUACUCGCUCCCAGAAAGCAGGAUCUUUCCUGCCCGAUCUACCGCAGUAUCCCGCCCCUAGCAACACGCCCCUGGCACAGAGAAGACGCUCAGUGACUGUUACUGGAAUAAGCGGACGCAGGAGUACUCAAGCCCCACCCUCCGACCCGUUGGGCCGGGACAGCGGUCCCCACUGGGGCGCCUCGGAAAGCGAAGCGUCCUACCAGGCAGCCUCCGUGGGACCCAUGCGCGGUGGCCGCUGGGAAGUGUACUCGCGCGCCCGCCGCGGCCCGGCGGUUACGGGAGAAAGGCUCCGCAUGCGCAGGCGCACUUCCGGCUUUGCCCCGCCGCUGCAGCCAUUGUCCGGCCAAGGUGCGGCGAAGGCCGCCCCUCCGACUUCAGAGUUGCAGAGGACUGAACCGGCACCGGGGACUGGAGGAGCCGGCCCGAGCCCUGGGUGGGCCUGAGGUCUCGAAAUCCGUAGUCCCCAGGAGGCGGUGAUUCCGAACCCUGUCUAGGAGCCGGGCCCGGCGACGCAGGAAUGGCCCCAAGGCCUCCGACGGCCAGGCCGCAGGAAUCGGUGACAUUUAAAGAUGUGGCUGUGAACUUCACCCAGGAAGAAUGGCACCACAUGGAUCCCGCUCAGAGGCGCUUGUACAGGGAUGUGAUGCUGGAGAACUAUAGCCACUUGGUUUCUCUUGGAUAUCAAGUUUCCAAGCCAGAGGUGAUCUUCAAAUUGGAGCAAGGAGAAGAGCCAUGGAUAGCAGAGGGAGAAAUCCAAAGACCUUUCUGUCCAGACUGGAGGACCAGGCCCGAAGCCAAAUCUUCAAAUCUGCAGCAGAGCAUAUCUGAAGUAUCCCUUAGCACAGAUGAUCCCUCAUGUACCACGUUAGAAGACACUUGGGAUGUUAAUGGCCAGUUAGAGAGGCACAAGGAAAACUGGAAGAGACAUUUGGGGCCAGAUGCAUCCACCCAGAAGAAAAUAAUCACACCAGAGGAAGCUUGUGAGCAAAAUAAAUUUGUUGAAAAUUCUAGAUUGAACACAGACCUGGUUACACAACUGAACAUUCCUCCAAGGUCUAAUGAAUGUGAUACACUUGGGAGCAAUUUGGGACAUAAUUCAGACUUACUCAGUCAGAAUAAUAUCCUUGCAAAAAAGAAACCUUAUAAAUGUAAUAAAUGUAGAAAAGCCUUUAUUCAUAGGUCAUCACUGACUAAACAUGAGAAAACUCAUAAAGGAGAUGGAACUUUCUCCAACGGUACAGAUCAGGGAAUUUAUCCUGGAAAGAAACACCAUGAAUGUACUGACUGUGGGAAAACCUUCCUCUGGAAGACACAACUUACUGAGCAUCAGAGAAUUCACACUGGGGAGAAACCCUUUGAAUGUAAUGUGUGUGGGAAGGCCUUCAGGCAUAGCUCAUCCCUUGGUCAGCAUGAGAAUGCUCAUACUGGAGAGAAACCCUAUCAGUGUAGUCUCUGUGGGAAAGCCUUCCAGCGCAGCUCCUCCCUUGUUCAACACCAGAGAAUUCACACUGGAGAGAAACCAUAUCGAUGUAAUUUGUGUGGUAGGUCAUUUAGGCAUGGCACAUCCCUCACUCAGCACGAGGUCACACAUAGUGGAGAGAAACCCUUCCAAUGUAAGGAAUGUGGGAAAGCCUUUAGUCGGUGUUCUUCCCUUGUCCAGCAUGAGAGGACUCACACAGGAGAGAAACCUUUUGAAUGUAGCAUAUGUGGGAGGGCUUUUGGUCAGAGCCCAUCCCUUUAUAAACAUAUGAGGAUUCAUAAGAGAGGCAAACCUUACCAAAGCAGUAACUACAGCAUAGAUUUCAAGAGCUCAUCUCUUACUCAAGAUGAAAACACUCUCACUGAAGUGAAAUCCUAUCAUUGCAAUGACUGUGGGGAAGACUUCAGUCACAUUACAGACUUCUCUGACCAUCAGAGGAUCCACACUAGAGAAAACCCCUAUGAUUGUGAGCAGGCCUUUAGUCAACAAUCUAUUUCUCACCCUGGCGAGAAACCCUAUCAAUGUAAUGUAUGUGGGAAAGCUUUCAAAAGGAGUACGAGUUUCAUAGAGCAUCACAGAAUUCAUACUGGAGAAAAACCCUAUGAAUGUAAUGAAUGUGGAGAAGCCUUCAGUCGACGCUCAUCACUGACUCAACAUGAGAGAACCCACACUGGAGAGAAACCCUAUGAAUGUAUCGACUGUGGUAAAGCCUUCAGUCAGAGUUCAUCUCUCAUUCAGCAUGAGAGAACUCAUACCGGAGAAAAACCCUAUGAAUGUAAUGAAUGUGGGCGAGCUUUCCGAAAGAAAACUAAUCUGCAUGAUCAUCAGAGAAUCCAUACUGGAGAAAAACCCUACGCUUGUAAGGAAUGUGGGAAAAACUUCAGUCGAAGCUCAGCUCUUACUAAACAUCAGAGAAUUCAUACACGAAAUAAACUCUAGGAACCUUGACAUUAGGGAAUGUGCCAAAAGCUUUAGCUAAAAUAUUGUUCUUAUUCAGUAUCAGAGGAUUCUUACUGGAGAGAAAGCUUGAGAAUGUAAUGAAUUGUGUGUGUGUAUGUGUGCACAUUGUGUGUGGAGAAAGCUCUGUGCUAGUAGACAGUGUUUUUUUUAAUAAAAGCCACAUUCUCUGGGACUUCCCUGGUGGUUCAGUGGUUAUAAGACUCCACGCUUCCAACUGCAGGGGCACAGGUUCGAUCCCUAGUCGGUGAAGAUCCUGCAUGCCAUGUGGUGCAGCCAAAUAAGAGAAAAAAAAAAGGAAAAGAAUAAAUAAAAGCCACAUUCUCAGAUCUGAUUACAGACGUGUGUAAAAACAACUACAAACAUAUAGCCUGUUAGAAAUGGUAUGCCUAUAUAUUGGACUUUGUAAAUUUUUUGAAUAUAUGUUUGCAGGAGAUCACCAACUUCCAACAAUUUAACUUGUAACUCUCACUGUUUACAGCUUUUUUAAAAAAUAAAUAAAACUCCCAUGGUAGUUACCAAAACUCAUUUUUAAAUUGCUGACAGCUGCAUUCAGCUGCAGCUCUUACGUUAAAUUUACCAUGGAAACCAGUUUCACCUCCAGGAAUUCACCAUUCAAAGAAUUAGAUCAGCUGGUCCAACCGCUUCAUUGUACAGAUGAAGAAACUGAAAGCCAAAGAUGUGAAGUGGUUGCACAGCAUGAUACAGUUUAUAGCGGCAAAGCUGGGUGGAAAAUGCAGGUCUCCUGGAUCUUUGGCCUCAUAGUCUUGCCACUGAAAAGAUAUUUUGGAAUUCAGGGCUUUAAAAUAAGUUUUAAAAUAAAUCAGAUGCACAAAUAUUUAAUGAACACUCAGGAGUUGAAUACUUUGGGAAUUCAUAAAAGCAUAAGAGGCAGCAAGACAUAUGCAAAUUUGUCACACACUUAUUUAAAGCAGCUUGUUGGAAGCUUACAAACCAAAAUGUUAACAGAAAUUGUAAAUAGUUGAACUACUAAUGACUUUUUUUCUUUUCCCAAUAUCAUACUUCAGCUAAGGUAUGUCAGUUUCAUAGAAUUAAUAAGUCUUCCUACUGUGCUUUUCGUGAUCCUCCCAUGAAAAAGCACUGCGCCAAGCUUCCUGUAUUGAUUUGAUCAAUGGGAAAACAACACAGAACUAGAGAAAAAAAGUUCCCCAAAUUGGGCUUCCCUGGUGGCGCAGUGGUUGAGAGUCCGCCUGCCGAUGCAGGAGACACGGGUUCUGUGCCCCGGUCCAGGAAGAUCCCACAUGCCGCGGAGCGGCUGGGCCCGUGAGCCAUGGCUGCUGAGCCUGCGCGUCCGGAGCCUGUGCUCUGCGACGGGAGAGGCCACAGCAGUGAGAGGCCCGUGUACCGCAAAAAAAAAAAAAAAAUUCCUCAAAUUAAUUUUACUGUAGAGAAGUAUAAAUCCAAUUAUCCAUUGCCAUAAAAUUUGCCUUUAAAUCAGUUUAGGCAAUCAUCAUGUAGUGGGUCAUUUUGUGUGCCAAGGAAAUUUUCACCAUUAAAAAAUUAACUUUUAUGGCUCUGUGGUGACUUUCCAUCAGUAAAGCGUGAGGUAAGCUUCAAUAGCCCACUCUAAUCCUUAAUAUUCCCUAAAGCCUCCCAUGGCCUAUUCUAAAGGAAUUUCCAGAAUCUUUGUUCGUUCAUUGGCACCAGUAGUGCAGAGAAAUUUGGAAGCAACUGUAGAAAUUGACCCUUUUCAUGAAAGAGCCUCUGUUCCCCGCAAGAUAAGCAAGUGUUCCUGCCCUAAUGAUGAAUCCUGGGGAGGAGUGAUAUGGGGUGGUGUUGAUGGUGAACCUUUCCUACUGGCUUCUUUGCAUGCCAGGUGGGAGGAUCCAUCAUUUUUGUCUCAUUCUGGACAACAUGAGGCAGCUCCCAAACAUCCUAAUUCUCUGCUGGAAAAAUGUGCCUGGGGCCUGAAAUGUGGGAAGUCCAGCCCAGUGAGUUUGUCGUAUGUGGAGCAAGAUGGGAUGCUCUAUAGCAGAUCUGCCCUUCCAAGACUUUAACCAUUCAAAAAUACCUUGUUUAUGAUGUUCCACGCUUAGCAUAUGCCACAAUGCCAAGACCGUGCCUGUGUUGUCUGAUACAUAGUUUGACAAUGGGCAAUUCUACUCGGAACCUCCUCUACUGAUUGGCUAGGAUGCCUAUCAGGAACUCAUUUUUCUGUUGAUUGUUUGGGGAUCCCCAUAGUGGACUGUUUGCAAGAAUGGCAUGAAUUGUAACCAGUUGAGUGCUACGCAGCUGUUGUGGAAGUUUAUAAAGACUUAGUUCCAGAAGACCUAAAGGAGACCACUGGUUUGUGUGUGCAGCCUGGCCUAGAUCCAACCAGUCUCUGAAUCUCAGCAUAUCAUCAUUGGCAGGGAGGGCGCCCAGGAUGUAUGUAUGGCUGAUUGAGCAGAGGAUUCUCUAGUCCCAGCAACCAUGCACCAUGCACUUAAUGAACACCCAGCUUCUAGGCCAUAUGAAAUACAUCCUUGUAACAUUGUUGUAUUAUUUCAAUAAAUAGCCUUCUUAGUUGAA